UUUCACUUCCCCCUUUGGCAUACGCCCCUGUAGCCGCUCAGCUCCCGUGAGCCGACUGCAGACUCCCUCCGGCCCGCGUUCUGCUAGUCCAGAUGCCAAGGUUGCGCCCCCGCAGCGAUUCUGGCCUCUCCAUCCGCCCUCAGUAAACAUGGCGGCACAGCGGCUGGGGCGGGCAGGGGGCGGGGCCCCGCUGUCACCCGGCCUGGGCGCUGCGAGCCCAGCCCUCCAGCAAUCCACGUGUGGAGACCCGGCAGACAGGGAGCGAUGCUGAGUUCGGAAAGAAAGAAGGGACCUUCCUAGCCCUGGCUGAAGAACGGAGCUCACCCUGGACCAUGUCACUGGGUGGAAGAGGAGGACUGUGAUAACCGUGGCUGGGAGCCAGCUUGUAAGCUGCCUGAGUGGCAGCCCAGAACCCAGGAGCAGCACCUGACUGCAGACCACAGACACUGCGAGGAUGAGUGUAACGAUGAGCACCGCAGCCCCCCUCCUCUCAACCUCGCACCCAAGCGUGGCCACAUCUACCUUCUCCUUUGUGGACUAUGUGGUAUUUGUUCUGCUGUUGCUUCUCUCCCUGGCCAUUGGUCUCUACCAUGCUUUUCGUGGCUGGGGCCGCCAUACUGUUGGCCAACUGCUGAUGGCAGAUCGCAAAAUGAGCUGCUUUCCUGUGGCGCUGUCCCUGCUAGCCACCUUCCAGUCAGCUGUUGCCAUCCUGGGAGUUCCAUCUGAGAUCUACCGAUUUGGGACCCAGUAUUGGUUCCUGGGUUGCUCCUACUUCCUAGGGCUGCUGAUACCUGCUCACAUCUUCAUCCCCAUCUUCUACCGUUUGAAUCUCACCAGUGCCUAUGAGUACUUGGAGCUCCGAUUCAAUAAAGCAGUGCGGGUUUGUGGAACUGUGACCUUCAUUUUUCAGAUGGUGAUCUACAUGGGGGUCGUGCUCUAUGCUCCAUCUUUGGCCCUCAAUGCAGUGACUGGCUUUGAUCUGUGGCUGUCUGUGCUGACCCUGGGCAUUGUCUGCAACAUCUAUACUGCAUUGGGUGGACUGAAGGCUGUCAUCUGGACAGAUGUGUUCCAGACACUGGUCAUGUUCUUAGGGCAGCUGGCAGUCAUCAUUGUGGGGUCGAACAAAGUAGGAGGCUUGGGGCAUGUGUGGGAUGUGGCUUCCCAGCACGGCCGUAUCUCUGGGAUUGAGCUGGAUCCUGACCCCUUUGUGCGGCACACCUUCUGGACCCUGGCCUUUGGGGGAGUCUUUAUGAUGCUCUCUUUAUAUGGUGUGAACCAAGCUCAGGUGCAGCGCUACCUCAGUUCCCGCACAGAGAAGACUGCUGUGCUCUCCUGCUAUGCCGUGUUCCCCUGCCAGCAGCUGGUCCUCUGCAUGAGCUGCCUCAUCGGCCUGGUCAUGUUCGCCUAUUACCAGGAGUAUCCCAUGAGUACCCAGCAGUCUCAGGCAGCUCCUGACCAAUUCGUCCUCUACUUUGUGAUAGACAUCCUGAAAGGUCUGCCAGGCCUGCCUGGGCUCUUUGUUGCCUGCCUCUUCAGUGGCUCCCUCAGCACCAUAUCCUCUGCUUUUAAUUCAUUGGCAACUGUUACGAUGGAAGACCUGAUUCAACCUUGGUUCCCUGAGUUCUGCGAGGCCCGGGCCAUCGUGCUUUCCAGAAGCCUUGCCUUUGGCUAUGGGAUACUUUGUCUUGGAAUGGCCUAUAUUUCUUCCCAUUUGGGAUCUGUGCUGCAGGCAGCAAUCAGCAUCUUUGGCAUGGUUGGGGGGCCACUGCUUGGACUCUUCUGCCUUGGGAUGUUCUUUCCUUGYGCCAACCCUCCUGGUGCCAUUGUGGGCCUGUUGGCGGGACUCAUCAUGGCCUUCUGGAUCGGCGUUGGGAGCAUAGUGACCAGCAUGAGCUCUAGCACUGCACCUUCACUUAAUGGGUCCAUCUUCAGCCUGCCCACCAAUCUGACCACCACUACUGUGACCACCCUGAUGACCUCAACCACCCUCUCUAAGCCCACAGGGCUGCAGCGAUUCUAUUCUCUGUCUUAUUUAUGGUACAGCGCUCACAACUCUACCACAGUUAUUGUGGUGGGCCUGACUGUCAGUCUGCUCACUGGGGGAAUGCGGGGCCGGCCCCUGAACCCUCGGACCAUUUACCCUGUGCUGCCAAGACUUCUCUCCCUCCUGCCCUUGUCCUGUCAGAAGCGGCUUUGCUGCAGAAGCCACAGCCAGGAUGUCCCCACGGACUGUGACCUGUUUCCGGAGAAGAAGAUGAAUGGGGUGCUGUGGGCCAGCAGAGACAAGGAGGAGAUGGCUCAGGAUGGCUCAGCCCACCAGGGCAGCAGCCCCACAUUUGUUCUCCAAGAGACCUCUCUAUGAUGGGGACAGAUCCCCACUGCCAGCCAGCRGUCGGAGUACACUAUAGUGCAGGGAUGGGACUGGGUGACUUUGUCUACACCAAAGGAUCUUGUUCUUAAAGGUUCUCACCUGCCAUGGAAAUUGUCCCAUUCCAGGUGGGUGAGAGGAGGGCAGAAUUUCUCCUCAUCCUUUGCCAGUCUGUUCUCUAGAGGACCAGGCUGCAGGGGGAAGGAUAGUGCAAUAAUGAGCAUAGGAGCAAAUCCUCUGGGAAAGGGAUAUGGCUUCUGAUUCAGCAUAGCCAGUAUCCUUUGGAGAAGUUAGAGACCAUACUUCUGGGGAAAAUUUUCCUGGGGCCCAAUUUGACAAGAUUGACCAGCUCYACCAGCUCCGCAUAGCUCAAAGCUCCUUAAAGGACAACUGUUCCCUUAUUAUUCCAUGUGGGCACCGAUUCUGUCAGCCACGGUGGGCCCUGUGAUCCCUUUCAGGUUGUCUGUGACUCCCAGACUCCUCGUUCUUGUGUGCCUAAUUUGUUCUUGAGAGGUUUUGAUGUCCCUGAGCCUCUCUGAAUAGGCAGAUGUGUUCAUCUGCUUUGUGUACAGUAGGCAGGUUUUCCACAUCACUGACCCACCCUAAAACACUGAAAUGGGCUUUUGGGGAUGGGCAAAUAUGGAUCCAAGGAACCAGGGCCGUAACCAGGUCCUCUGUGGAAUAUGCUAUCCUCAUCUCCAGAGCCAGGCACCCUGGUAUCAUUCUGUCAUUGAUACUCCUAUUUUCUUUUGGAGUUUCUUCCUCAUGUAUCUUUGUUCCUAGGGAAUAAAAAUUGCUGUUGCAUCUAGA